UAGCAAACAUAACCUAAUAUUUUGAAGUGUCAAAACUUGUCUCGCGCGUUCAAUGUAAUUUUUCUGCAAAGAAAACAAUUUCUCAGUUUUGUUGAAAAGUAUUUAUAGGUAAAAACUUUAAAAACUAGUGCAGUUUAAAAAAAAAAACAGUGCAAAAUACAAAAAUGUCUGAAGAUGAAAUGGAAAGCUUUGAAAUUACCGACUAUGAUCUCGACAAUGAAUUUAACACAAAUCGGUUUCGACGAAAACUUACAAAAAAACAACAAAUGCUUGGAAUGUGGGCUGAUGAUAGUGAUGAGGAGGAGGAAACAAGUAGACCGUCUUUUAGAGUUACGAAAAAAGUUCCAAAAAAUUAUACGGCACCAGUUAGUUUUGUUUCCGGUGGUAUUCAACAAGCGGGAAAACCAAAGGAAGAAAAAAAGUCAAAAGACGAUGACGAGGAUGAAGACGACGAUGAUGAAACGGGCAGACCACGAAGAGGAGAUGCUGAUUAUGUUCCAAAUAGUUCCAGUGAUUCGGAAAACGAAGGUCCCAGCAAUAUGAGAUCACGUAAACAAUUUUCAUUGAAUAUAGAGGGUGAAAUAGCUGGUUUAAGAAAGAAAAGAGCACCUCUUAAUCCUGCAUUAAUAAAAACUGGCAUGGGAAGCUGGGAGGUUCAUACACGAGGAAUUGGUGCAAAAAUUUUACUACAGAUGGGUUUUGAACCAGGCAAAGGUUUAGGCAAAAAAUUACAAGGUAUAAGCGCUCCAGUUGAGGCUCAUUUACGUAAAGGACGCGGUGCUAUUGGCGCGUAUGGUCCAGAAAAAUUGGCAAAAAUCCCUGAGAAAAGGAAAGAAGAAAUAAUCAGUGACGAGACAACAAAAGAACAAAAGGGAAAAGUAUCACAUUGGCGUAAGAAUGAUGCGACGGCUAAUAAGAAAAAAACAAAAUACACUUAUCGAAGUGUUGAUCAAGUACUUGAGGAUGGAAAAUUGAGAAUGAAUCGAAAAAUUCCCGUUUCAAAUGAAAUGAGCCGUGUUAAAGUUAUCGAUAUGACUGGACCUGAGCAACGUGUCUUAAGUGGUUAUCAUGCAAUUGGAAGUGGUCAACAACGUCCCGAUGAAACUAUCAUGAUUAGUGAUAAAAAAUCGAAAAGUAAUUUUUCCGUACCCGAAUUACAACAUAAUUUAAAUCUUCUCGUUGAUAUGUGUGAACAGGAUAUUAUACAAAAUAAUCGACGAAAUGGAAGUCUUGGUGAUCGAUUAAUUUCCCUUGAAGCCGAGAGAAAUCGUACAAUUAAAAUUGCUGAUCAACAGAAAAAAUUGAUUGACACAUUGGAUGAUGUUUUACAAAUUGUCAGUCGUUUAAUGGAUGAUAGUAGUGAAUUAACAUUAACACAAACUGCCGAGGCAUUUAAAAGUCUUCAGGAUAAAUAUCAUGAGGAAUAUAAACUCUAUGAAUUAAGUGAAUUGGCUAUUAGUUUAGUGUGUCCGAAAAUUAAAGAAUCAUUGACAACAUGGAAUCCGUUAAUGCAACCGAGACAAUGGUUGGAUUUAUUUAAACAAUGGAAGGAUAUAUUGGAAAUUGGAAAAACAACACUUCAAUCGAAUUCAUUGCAACCGUACGAUCAACUUGUGUGGAAUGCAUGGAUGCCAUCAAUUAGAGGAGCCGUACUAGAAUGGACGUGUAGACAACCGGAUCCUCUAAUUGAUCUAAUUGAAAAUUGGAUGCCUUUGCUACCAGUUUGGAUUUUUGAGAAUAUUCUCGAUUUAUUGGUCCUUCCAAAACUCACUCUCGAAGUAGAAGAAUGGAAUCCAUUAACGGACACGGUUCCAAUUCACACUUGGAUUCAUCCUUGGCUUCAACUUUUACGUCACCGACUAGACAAUUUAAUUUAUCCGAUAAUUCGACGUAAACUUGGAUCGGCAUUGGGCGGUUGGCAUGCUUCAGAUAGAUCGGCACGAUUAAUGCUUGAGCCAUGGGCGGAAGUUUUUGCGCCUGGCGAUUUAGAAGCAUUUUUGGUGAAAAAUAUUGUACCAAAAUUGCAAAUUGCAUUAAGUGAACUUGUCAUUAAUCCACAUCAACAAAUUCUCGAUCAAUGGCAUUGGGUUUAUGAAUGGAAAGAAUUAUUGCCAAAGCAUACAAUGAUUGGAUUACUUGAUAAAUUCUUUUUUCCCAAAUGGUUACAAAUUUUGGCACUUUGGCUUAAUAGUUCACCGAAUUAUGAUGAGAUUACACAUUGGUAUUUGGGUUGGAAGGGAAUGCUUAGUGAGAAAUUACUCGCUGAACCAAUAAUUAGUGAAUAUUUCAAAAAGGCAUUGGAAAUGAUGAAUAGAGCAGUUUCUGUACCUCAAGGACUUCAACCAGGCGCUGUUGAACAAGUUUCAUAUUUGACAAGUUUGGAAAGAAGUCAACCUGUUCAGCAAAUACCUUCUAAUAUUCAACCGAGAGUUGAGAGUAUCGCUGAAGCAAUGAGAAUUGUAAAUCAAAUUCCACAUGGAUUUAAAGAUUUUGUACAAAAGAAAUGUGAGGAACGUGGUGUUCUUUUUAUGCCAAUACCAAAUAAAUAUCGAGAGGCAAAACAAGUCUAUAAAGUAGGAAAUUUACAGGCGUACAUUGAUGGAAAGGCACUUUUUGUUUGUCAUGGUGGUACAAAUUGGGUGCCAACAAAUUUGAAUACUCUACUUGACAAGUGUGAUAUGUAGAAAAUGAAAAGAGAGAUAUUUGAAUGUGUAAGAAAUAAGUGUAGAAAAAAACAAAUAUUUUGUGUAUUUAUUAUUCCGUUAGAUAAUUGGAGAAUUAUCAUAUUCAAAAAAGAACUAUUGUUGAAUUGAAGAGACGGGGGAGAAAUAAAAUCUACAAAAAAAAAAAAAAAAAAAA